CCGCGAUUCAUCGCGAUGCCUCCCCGGCGCGCAUGCGACUUAUGCUACAAGCGCAAGAUUCAAUGCGUCAUCGCAGCCUCGGGCGACCCCUGCGAUUGGUGCAGUAGCCACGACCUCGCUUGCACCUUUGACCGCGUCGUUGCUAAGAAUCCAAACAAGAGGGCCACGUCGGAUGUCGUCCAGGAACUGUCCAACCGCGUGGAAGAGCUCGAAGACGCUCUCAAGGCGGCGACAACCGCAUCUACGCCCAGCGUCACGUCGCCAGAGUCGGAGAGACGGGCGUCGAGUCAUGUUUCGUAUCAUUUGACGCCUCCCACCGCUACUACUACGAGCGAGCAACCGGCUAGAGACGUGACUAUUCCCGUGCAUACUGCCCCGACUUUGACCCAACCAAGUCAACUCGAACCCCGUUGCAAGCUAUCGACAUGCCAGCUCGGCAACAACUGGUACUUCAAGGGGAUAGGAAUCCUUUCGUCGCGGGGCCGGGAAUGGAUCUCCGAAGGGGCAGGACAGCGCGUCUUCCUGGACAAGUUCGACAUCUUCGGCAAUCCCAUAAGCACGCGGCCGCAACUCAAUCCCAUGCCGGAGCAGCCGAAGAUGCUGCCUCCAGAGUUCCUCUGCAGACGCUUUGUCGCCAUCUUCUUGGAAUCCAAGACGUCAAAGGUAUUCCCGAUACUCGAUCGGGACCUGCUUGAAGGGACCAUCUCUCGCGCCUACGACACCAAGCUGCCUGACUUAGGAAGUCGGACAUCGGCCGAAGCCUGUCUCUGGGCCAUGUUCGCGUUUGCCAGUCGCGCGCGAGAGACUGAGCGAACCGGUUCUAUUCCCGGACCGUACGAAUGCGCCAGUGAAGCCAAACGCCUGCUAUUCGUCAUCAAUGGCACGGUAAACUUGGAUAGCCUGCAGGCCACCCUUUUGCUGUGGGCAUAUCAAAAGAUGAAAGGGCAAUGUCGAGAGGCUUCGGUGGCCUUGACGAGCGCAUGCCGCAUGGUAUGUGAUCUCGGUGGCCACGCCCUCCUGCCAGGGCUGUCCCUUCUACCUCAACACAUUCCGAUAUUCGACGAGCCGUCACGAUUCCACAUCCGAAGAUUGUUCUGGAUAUGCUACUGCGUCGACAAAGAUGCCUCUCUACGAACCGGAAUCCCGCCGCUGCUCACCUGCGAUUACUGCGAGGUCGGCGACGCUGGGGAAUGCAGCAGCCAGACAUCCUGGUACAACCAGUCGCGAGACAUUGACCUGGCGAGGAUCAAGGAGAGCGCCGGCCGACAGCUGUGUUCGCCGCGGGCAUUCAAAUACACAGAAGGCGAGCUCCUCUCUCAUGUUCGACAGCUUGACGACGAGCUCGAGGAGUGGCGAUUGUCCAUUGAACCGCCGUAUCGCCCGAGACUGUCCGUCCCACCAGACUCGUCCCUUUUAGUCCCGUCCUCGAUGCGAACCGAGGACCGCAUGCGCAUCAUCAACCUGCAGCUCGACUACCUGUUCACCAUGAUCUACAUCCACACAACCGUCAGAAAGUGCGGCGACUUCGAGCGGAACCUGCCCGACGACCUGCACAGCGUGGUCCACUCGAGCGCCGACCUGUCCCUGGAAGCCAGCCGGUCCAUCAUCCGCUUCCUGGAGAGCGCCGUGGACUUUUGGGAGGAGGAAUCCGUCUGGGUCGUGUCGCACUACGCGCCCAUGGCUGCCAUGCCGCUGUUUGUCAACAUCCUCAUACACCCGCUCGGCAGCCCGGCGGACAAUGACUUGCAGAUAUUGGCGUCGGCGAGCAACCUCACGCGCAAGAUUCCGACCGACAGGCUCUCGGGAGAGGAGAUUGGGCAGAUACAGGAGAUUGGCGAGUUCGUCAUGGAGCUUGUGAGGCUUUGUCACAGUGCGGCGUGGAAGGCCAAAAAGGGAGAGAGAGAGAUGGAUUUGGAUAUAAUUCACAGAUAAAACUGCCCUUCCAACUAAGGAUGAGGUGGACAUGGGAAAAGAUGCUGCAUCUUUCACUCCGCCAUUUCAUUCACGACCUGUGAUAAUGACAUGGAGCUUACCAGCCCCCACUGGUAAACCACCACCUGACGAAUAGCAACAUUGCCGAAGUGUAUCACGAGGCAAUAUGCAAGAUGAAC